AUGGCUUUCCUGAAUAACCUGCGCUCGGUUCCGCUGCCUCCGGUCAAGAACAUCCUGAACGUGGCCCUACAAACCGCACGCCAAACGGUUCCUUCCAAGCAGAAGCAGAACGGCUACGAGGAGGCAGCGGGCGACAGCUUCGGUGCUCCUGGUGCUGGCGGUAGUGGCGUGCGGUCACCACCACAGGUUCCGCCCAGGCCACAGAACGUACAUUUUGCUGAUUCGGAUGUUGCGAGUGAUGCUGGUGGAACGACGGAAAUGAAUCCGCUGAACCCGUUCACGAACCCGAAGGCGUACUACCAGGAGGACGGAAGUUCGGAGCAACCCGGAGGCGGGACCAACCAGUACCAGGAGACGGGCUUCAAUCAGGGUGAUUUCGAAAAUGGGUACCAGGCGGGCGGCUACCCUCCGAGGCAGGGCAGUGUCCAGUCCUUCGGCUCGGACAGCACGUUUGCGGGCGGAUGCGAAGGAGAGGCACCCGGUGGGGCCAAGAUCAACGAGUAUCAGGCGGCAUGGAACGUGACCAACGCCAUUCAGGGCAUGUUCAUCGUGUCGCUACCGUUUGCGGUGCUGCGCGGUGGCUACUGGGCGAUCAUCGCGAUGGUGGGGAUCGCGCACAUCUGCUGCUACACCGGCAAGAUCCUGGUGCAGUGCCUGUACGAGCCGGACCCGCAGACGGGCGAGCCGGUGCGGGUGCGGGACAGCUACGUCGCGAUCGCCAAGGUGUGUUUCGGCAAGCGGAUCGGGGCACGCGUCGUCAGCAUAGCGCAGAUCAUCGAGCUGCUGAUGACCUGCAUCCUGUACGUGGUGGUGUGCGGCGACCUGAUGGCCGGCUCCUUUCCGGACGGGGCCCUCGACACGCGCUCCUGGAUGAUGCUGUGCGGGGUUUUCCUGCUGCCGCUGGCGUUCCUGAAGUCGCUGCACCACGUCUCGCUGCUGUCGUUCUGGUGCACCAUGGCCCACCUGCUGAUCAACGCCAUCAUCGUCGGUUACUGCCUGCUGGAGAUCGGCGACUGGGGCUGGAGUAAGGUCAAGUGGCGAAUGGACUUCGAGAACUUUCCAAUCUCACUUGGUGUUAUUGUCUUCUCCUACACGUCGCAAAUCUUCCUGCCCACGCUCGAGGGCAACAUGGAGGAUCGGUCCAAGUUCAACUGGAUGCUCGAUUGGUCGCACAUAGCGGCCGCCGCCUUCAAGGCCCUGUUCGGCUACAUCUGCUUUCUGACAUUCCAGAACGACACGCAGCAGGUCAUCACGAACAACCUGCACUCGCCCGGCUUCAAGGGGCUGGUCAACUUUUGCCUGGUGAUCAAGGCGGUCCUCAGCUACCCGCUGCCCUUCUUUGCCGCGUGCGAACUGCUCGAGCGGGCGUUCUUUCGCGGCCGCCCCAAAACCAUCUUCCCGGUCGUCUGGGAGCUGGACGGGGAGCUGAAGGUGUGGGGACUGGCCUGGCGGUUGACCGUCAUUCUUGGCACGAUCAUGAUGGCGAUCUUCAUACCGCACUUUUCAAUUCUGAUGGGCUUCAUCGGUAGCUUCACCGGCACGAUGCUGAGCUUCAUCUGGCCCUGCUACUUCCACCUGAAGCUGAAGGGCCACCUGUUGGACCAGAAGCAGCGGGCGUACAACUACUUCAUCAUCUUUCUCGGCGUGCUGUUCUGUGUUGUCGGUAUCUACGACUCCGGCACCGCGCUGAUCCACGCAUUCGAGAUCGGAUUGCCGUUCUAA